AUUUUAAGGAAAAAUAAAUUCAUCACCCAAUGUUAAUACUACUGCGUCAGGUGUUGAAGAUCUUAACAUCAUUCAGGUGACAAUUCCAGAUGAUGAUAAUGAGAGACUGUCAAAAGUUGAAAAAGCGAGACAGCUAAGAGAGCAAGUCAAUGACCUCUUCAGUCGGAAAUUUGGUGAAGCUAUUGGUAUGGGUUUCCCUGUGAAAGUUCCCUACAGGAAAAUCACAAUUAACCCUGGCUGUGUGGUGGUUGAUGGCAUGCCUCCCGGAGUAUCAUUCAAAGCACCUAGUUACCUGGAAAUCAGCUCCAUGAGAAGGAUUUUAGAUUCUGCCGAGUUCAUUAAAUUCACAGUCAUUAGACCAUUUCCAGGCCUUGUGAUUAAUAACCAGUUGGUUGAUCAGAAUGAGUCAGAAGGCCCAGUGAUCCAAGAAUCAGCUGAGCCAAGCCAGUUGGAGGUUCCCACAACAGAAGAAGUAAAGGAGGCUGAUGGAAGCUCUCAGAUCAAGCAAGAACCAGACCCUACGUGGUAGACCUCUCCCUCUUAGGCUUAAAGUAUCAGUGGGUGAGAAGAGCUUUUCGGACCUGUUACUGCCCCAAGCUGUGUAAUAUACUUGUAUAACAGAAAUACCUUCUAUACAAACCUUUUUUUCUACUUUUAGAUAGAAAUGUCUACUUUUUCAGCAGUUCUGUGAAUUGAAUUAAAGAGCAGAGUGACUGUAGAUUUGGAAUGGCUGGUUUCCUUUGGAAUGUAUUAUAAGGAUUUUACAGCAAUGCUGGAAAAAUGACAGGGAAAAUGACAGGGAUGAAUCGCACCAGAUUUUUUUUACGGAUUCAGCAGAGCCUUCAGCUAUGGUGUUUAUUUUCCAAUCAAGUGAAGAUAUCUCCUACUGAACAUCUCAGCUUCUGCAGUGAAGAAAACACCUGUGAUAGUUUAGUUCUUUAGUUUUUCUAUCUGAAAAAUCAUUUAAAUGAUCCUUUUGUUCACGGCUCUCCUUAAUGACUGAGUGAACAGUUAGUAUCUGUAUAUUUGACUAAACCUUUUCCUAAGCUAUCUAUCAUGGUUCAUACGUUUUUUAUCCUAAUUAAAAAACAAACAUCUGGAUUACCUAGUAGCCAGUAAGAGGUCAGAAUUUCUGCGUGUGGCUUAUAGGUGGGAUGAACUUAUAGGAGAACCUCUUCCACAUUUAUUUGUCAUCCAAAUAAAAUGCAUGGUGUGCCGGAAGUUUAAGAUCAGGUAUGAGUGUUUGGGCAAGCGAAAUGACACUAAAGCCUCACUAUCGUGUAACCUAUUGUGGUGUGGAUUUCUUUGGAACACUGUUCCAGCUUGGAUCAAUCUCAAGGGGUUUUCAUUGCCUUCAUUAUUUGAUAAUUCUACUUAGAACAUUGAGGCUCCAAUGUGGGGAGUGAGGGGUCAUAAACCAUUAUGCACCCACUGCUAUUCUGCGCCAUUUCUAGGAGAAUCUGACAUGUGUUGAGAUUUCACAGACAAUAAGAGUUGUAAAAUCCCAGCUAUAUGAAAAGCUAGAGUAUGUGAUGGCAUAGAGUGUUCAUUAGCUUUAUCACAAUAUUCACAAUGGAGAAUUAUAUUACAUGGUAGCAGAAAUAGGCAUUUUUAUGUGUUGCUUAUAUUUUACCUCAAAUUAAAAUGUAGAUAUAGGGUAAUAAAUAAAAUCCAUCCAUGCCUUUCACACACUAA